AUGAAGACCUCUGUUCCCGAGGCUCUCCUCCUGCUGAUCCUGGGAAACCUCGCCAUGACCAGGCAUCCAGAGGGUUCACACUCCCUGCACUAUUUGCACACACUCCUCACCUGGCCUCACCUCCGGGAGCCCCACUUGGCCUGUGCUGUCUUCCUGGAUGACAUUCUUAUUGAGAGACUCAACACCAGAGCAGAGACUCCGAGGCUGGAGCACUGUGCACCUUGGCUGGAUCAGCAGCCGCCAGACUAUUGGGAAAAAUCGACUAUUGACGUCCUUUUUCAACUUGAAACCUGCAAAAGCCUACUUAAGAGCGUGCUUCAGAUCUACAAUCAAAGUGAAACUGGCUAUCACACGGUGCAGUUCCUGAUGGGCUGUGAUGUGCUGCCUGGAUCAAACUACAUUCGUGGACAAUAUAGAAUGGUCUUCAAUGGCUAUGAUUACAUCGCACUAAAUGAGGACCUGAGCACCUGGACUGCAGUUGGCAAGGCAGCAGAGAUGAUAGCCCAAGAGUGGCAGAAGAAAAAUCAUGCACAAAAUUUGAAGCGCUUCCUGGAGAGUGGUUGUGUGAAUUUGCUCCGCUCACAGCUGGACUAUGGGAAGGAGUUUUUUCUGAGAACAGACACUCCGAAACUACAUGUGACCCAUAAGGUCAGAGCUGAUGGAAGGAUCACUCUAAGGUGCUGGGCCCUGGAUUUUUACCAUGCUGAGCUCACCCUGACCUGGCAGAGGGAUGGGAGCAACCAGAAUCUGGACGUGGAGGUGAUAGAGACCAGGCCUGCAGGAGAUGGCACCUUCCAGAAGUGGGCAGAUGUGGUAGUGCCUCCUGGGGAGGAGCAGAGAUACACAUGUCAUGUGGAUCAUGAGGGGCUGCCUGAGCCCCUCACCCUGAGAUGGGAGCCUCCUAAGCCCUCUGUCCCCAUCAUGACAAUUGUUACUGGCCUGGUUCUUGGAGCUGUGCUCAUGGGAGCUGUGGUGACUUUUCUGAUAUGGAAGAGGAGGACCAAAGGUAAGGAAAGGGUGGGGUCUGAGUUCAUGUUUCUAUGGGAACAUCGAGCCCAGCUGAGAGUGUGCCCUGCCAUAUGA